AUGAAAAGAAGAAAAGAGCAAGCUUUUCUAUCAUCAACAAGUGACGAUGAUAAUAGUGAUAUGGAUUUGAGCCAGAAAUUGCUCAGUUUACCAAAAAGAUCACGGCAAGGCGGUGCAACACAGAAAGAUACCAGUAAUAGUAAAAAAGCAAUUGUAGAGGAAGAUAACUCUGCAAGUAGUGAUUCAGAAUCUGAAUUAAGCGAUGAUGAAGAGUGGACAACUUCGAAGAAGCAACAACGCCAGAAGGCCGCUAAUGCAGCUAGUAAACGCAAAAAUAAUCGAGGUGGAAAGCGUGGACAACAGCGUCGCCGAAAGAAAAAAUAUUCUUCAGAGUUGGAAGAUUCAGAGGAAGACGACGAUGCAAAUAUUGAAGAUCAGCUAGAAGACACAGACAGCGAUGAAGAUGAAAGUAGUGACGAAGAUGGGCAGGCAUCUUCUACUUCAUCCGAAUCAUCAUUCGAUGAAGCACGAUUUGACGAUGGCUUAGACGAUGACUUGAUGGGGGACGAUGAAGAUCGAGCUAGGUAA